AUGUCGAUAUCCAGCGAUGCUUUACAAAAGACACUUGGGGAGAUGCAGCUAAGAGCUAUAACUGUAUCGAAGGAACUCCAGACUCUUAGCAUUCAAGAAGCAUCUCUUAUUCGCCGCAAAAGACUUUCGGAAGCAACUGAAAAUCAACUUAAGGAGUUAACGCAAUAUUCGACAAACUCUACAGAGAGACCUAUUUGGAAAGGAGUAGGAAAGAUGUUUUUGUCUAUUCCAUUAAACCAACAAUUGGACGCCAUGAAAAAUGAGCGUUUAGAAUACCAAGAACAAUUAAAAGCGUUUGAAAAAAAACGUUUGUAUUUGGAUACUACAUACAAAAAUGUGAUAAACGCAUUGGAUGAAUUGAACGUAUCAAAUUGA